AUGAACGUGGAACGGUUGUUUGAGAAGCGGGGGGCGGAGGAGGUCGACGACAGCGAGGCCAAGAGGCCCGCACACAGUCGUGAAGAGCGCGUGCUGGAAUUUCUGGAACGCGAUGUUGUGGCCGAGCCUCAGAAAAAUGCGGAGUACAAUGUGCAAUGGGUCAAAAAUAGUCUUACGAAACUGGGUGAGCUUGUGACUUCCAACCUUCAGAUGCGCGAAAAACACUCUUCGGACCCGACCAAGCUGAUGGACAGCGAGUUUGAGCUGUUUCAAGGGCUCAAGGUCUGGUCUGAAAUUAGUAUUGCUCUGGUCGAGGCACCCGAUUAUCAGCAAUGUUAUGCAGCGCUAGUAGAGAGCCCUGUUUUUGCAGAAGUCGUGGGACUUCUUGCUAGCCAUCCCAAUAUUGAUGUGCGCGAGCAGGUUCUUUUAAUUCUGGUGGAUUUGGUGGAAGAAGAGCGGGAAGAGUGUCGUUCUGUGCUAGGCCAGUAUUUUACGGAUUGCAAGAUUGGAGACCUGCUUGGCAAGUUCCUUGAGGGGCUGGAUUCAAUUGAGGACCGAGGGCUCUUUGAGCAGUAUUCUACGCUAUGUCUAGGAUUUGCGAUAACUCUAGCUGAGUUCGAAAAUGUCACACUGACCAGACGCAACGGGCUGAAUGAUAAAGUUUUGGAGAUAAUCGAAUCCAUGCAACAAGUUGACAAAACGAGCCAGUAUGCAAUGGAAUAUCUACAAGAGCUGCUGGUGGGAUGUGAGCAGUCUGAGAUUGAAAGCUUUGAAAAGGACAACGACGCAGAUCUAGUUGAAACUUUGAUGGUGGUAUGGUCGAAGCUUCGUAAAGUGCCAAUCUCAGGCACCGAAAUGACAGAGUUGAAGGAGAACUGUAUACUACUGCUGGCCUACGUUUUGCGUUUUGACGCCUACAGAGCGCGGUUUCUGGAAAACGAGGGACUGGAGCUGGCGAUGUUGUUCGUCAAUAGCGAUGUCUCCAAGCAGCAUAUCAACGCUGGUCUCAAAAUUAUGGCAUCUGUUAUAGAUGAGAAGACAGGACCGCUGGUGGUGGAGAUGGGCGUUUUGAAACCACUGCUAAAGCAUUUUGAGACGAAAGCUCCGAAAGAAAACUCCUGCUCUCCGCAUGUCCUCAGACUGCUUUCCCAGCUCUAUAAAUUUCUGCCGUUUGGAUCUGAUGCGCGAAUCAGGGUCACGAAUAAACUAAUACACAAGGAGUUUGCCGGUCUGAAGAAAGUGCUCAGACUGUGGAAAUUGUUAGAGGCCGACGAUAGCGACAACGAGCUUAAUCUCGAAACCUUGGCCCUGGCUAACACGGUGCUGCUAUGGGUCUUUAACGAGAAUCUAGUGACUCUGGCAGGCGCACAGCACCUGCUGGCUGAACACGAUAUCAAGCCUCCCGAGUUUUUGCAGGCUGUCGAUUUGGAUAUAGAAACGGCUCUGGACGUUGAAGAACGCGAGCUGCUCACGUCUCUCAGAGACUCUGUGGAUGCCAAGCUGAAAAAUGGCAGAAGCGAAAAAUAA